AUGGAAUUUGUAAAAAGUGCUAAAGGUAAUAAUUUAUUAGUGUAUAGAGGUUUCCUAUACUCUAGAGAGAAACCACCAAAAAAUGAUGAAACAAUAUGGAAAUGCGUGGAAAGCAAAAAUGUUAUGUGUCGCGCGAGAGUCCAUACUAAUGGUGAAGAAAUUACGAAAGUUAUGAAUGUGCAUUCCCACCCACCUGAUCCAGCCAAAAUUAGUGGUAAGCGAAUUUUUUCUAAAUUGAAACAGUUAUCUAUGGAUGUAGGAUUAUCAACUCAUACUGUAGUCGCAAAUGUUUGCCAAGACAUUACACCAGGAGUUUCUAGUGUAUUACCCAGUAUCAGUUCUUUAAAACGCAAUGUACGGCGAUAUAGGGUAUGCUUAGAAACUUCCCCCUCUAAUCCGUCUUCCCUAGAAGACUUAAUAAUACCGGAAAAAUACUUACUGACAACGGGGAAAAAACCGUUUAUGUUGUAUGAUAGUGGAAAGGAAGAUCCUCAACGAUUACUGAUUUUUUCUACCAAAGAAAAUUUAGAACUCCUCACAACUUGUGAUCAUUGGUAUGCUGACGGAACAUUCUCCUCUUCCCCGCCACUAUUCUCACAAAUUUAUACUAUUCAUGGAGCUAAAUUUUCCACCUGCUUACCCCUUGUCUAUGCACUGCUGCCUAAUAAGACCCAAGCUACUUACACAAAAUUUCGGACAGCAUUGAAAGUAUUAAACUCAUCAUUAAAACCUAGUACUUUGAUGAUAGACUUCGAGAAAGCAGUUCAAAAAUCGGUCAAUGAAGUUUUUCCUGAAUGUCUGGUGAGAGGCUGUUACUUUCAUUUUUCCCAGUCAAUAUGGCGUCAUAUUCAGUCUUCAUCUUUACAACAGCGAUAUAUGAACGAUGCAGAAUUUGCUCUAGAAAUUCGUCAAAUAGCGGCUCUUGCGUUUAUUCCAGAGGAGGCUGUAGAGAAUGCGUUCAAAACAUUGAUUGAGAGUGAAUUUUACGAAAAUAAUGGGCCAGAACUUGCUCCUCUCCUCAAUUACUUUGAAGACACUUGGCUGGGGCGACUAGAUAGACGUGGAAGGCGGCGCAGUCCUAUUUUUCCUCUUUCUAUGUGGAAUUGUUUCACUAAUGUAUCUGCAGAUCUCCCUCGAACCAAUAAUGGAGUUGAAGGAUGGCACAAUACUUUAUACUCACUCCUACAUGCUGCACAUCCUUCUAUUUGGAAAGUAAUUAAUGCAUUCAAACAAGACGAAAAUCUGACAAAGGUGAAGAUAAAAGGUUUUAUUCAGGGGAAGGAAAAUGCGUCUCAGAAGAAACGUUAUCAACUCUUAGAUGCAAGAAUAGAGUCUAUUUGUUCUAAAUUUGAAGAGACACCAACUCUUGACUACCUACGUGGUAUUGCACAUAAUUUGCAAUUUAAUGUUUAA